UAUUUUUUAAAAUAAAAUAAAAGAAAUGAGCUUAAUAAAAUGUGAAGUUGGUGAAGACUCCACAUUGGUGGCAAGAAGCACAGUGGAAGAGCUGAAAGUAAAGGAAAAGCUUUUGUUAAAGCUGCAAUGCUUCAAUCCCACACGCCAAGUUUAGAAUUGAAUCCCAAUCAAUUAUUAGACCCACUCUACUGUUUUGCAUUUAAUUGUGUGGACCAAAUGGAGCUAUACGAUCCUUCCUGGAAGGCAAAUCUGAUGUUGACUAAAAGCUCUUCAUUUGUUCAUAAAUUUCUUGCAUCAGACUAGUUUACCCAAAUAUUCAUCUCUUGUAUUUUGCUUUCUCUACAUUCUUCAAACUCAGUUAUCAUGGCUUCUACUUCUUCAUCAGCCCGUCCCUGCAAGUAUGAUAUUUUUAUUAGUUUUAGAGGCAAAGAUACCCGUUAUGGUAUUCUCUCCCAUCUCUUUGAAGCUUUGCAGCAAAAGCAAAUCAAUGCCUUCUUGGAUGAAGAACUUCGUAAAGGAGAAGAGAUCUCACCAGCUCUCUUGAAAAUAAUCCAAGAAUCCAGUGUCUCAAUAGUCAUUUUCUCUGAAAAUUAUGCAGAUUCUGCAUGGUGCUUGGAUGAGCUUGUUGAGAUACUUAAAUGCAGGGAAGAAUCAGGACAAAUAGUCCUACCAGUUUUUUACAAAGUAGAUCCGACUGAGGUUCAAGACCUGACAGGGAAUUUCGGGAAGGCACUUGCUAUGCAUGGAGAAAAAGGCAAUUCACAGAAGGUGGGCCGAAGGCGUGCUUUGAUGGAAGUAAGCAACUUUUCAGGAUGGGAUUUACAGGAAAUCAAGUAUGAGGCCAAAUUAGUUGAGGGAAUUGUCAAUGAUGUUUUGAUCAAAUUUAGUGAUAUGUCUAAAGGUGAUGAUUCUUAUGAUCGCAACUUGAUUGGAAUUAAACUGCGUGUGGAAGAAGUGGAACGAUUGUUAAAUGAGAAGCAGAUUGUAGGAAUUUGGGGGAUGGGAGGCAUUGGUAAAACAACUAUUGCACAAGAAGUAUUUCGUCGAAACAAGAAUAAAUUUGAUGGUCAUUAUUUCGUUGAAAAUGUUAGGGAAACAAUGACAAAGCAAUCAUCAAAUUCAGUGCGAGUCAAAAUCAUUCAACAAUUAUUAAGGGACAAACAUGUAGACAGUUUGAAUGAUUCUACAAGGAGAAGGCUUAAGAGUAAGAAGGUAUUGAUUGUUUUUUAUGAUGUAGAGGAUCGAAACCAUUUAAAAGAUUUAGCAGGAGAGUGUGAUUUGUAUGGUGAGGGAAGUAGAAUCAUCAUAACUAGUAGAGAUUCACUUGGUUUAUCAGAAGAAGGCAUAUAUGAGGUUGAGAAGUUAAUUGAUUCUCAAGGUCUGAAACUCUUUAGCUUACAUGCCUUCGAGCAAAAUCGUCCCAAGGAAGAAUAUAAGGAGCUAUCAAAGAAGGCGACAAUCUAUGCUGGAGGCAAUCCACUAGCUCUUAAAGUUUUGGGAUCUCAUUUAUUUCGUAGGACGAUAGAAGAAUGGGAAAGCGAAUUGGAAAAAUUGAAAGGCAAAUCUCUUAAAAAAAUUGAAGAUGUUUUGAAAAGAAGUUAUGAUGGGCUAGAAAAGAAUGAACAGGAAAUAUUUCUUGACAUUGCAUGUUUCUUCAAAGGUGAAAAUAAAGAUCAUGUCAAGAGAAAAUUAAAAGCAUUUGGUUUCUAUCCAGAAAGUGGAAUACCUCGUCUAAUUGAGAAGUCUCUAAUAACUAUUUCAAACAAUAGGGUAGAUAUGCAUGACUUGCUAGAGCAAAUGGGCAAGGAUAUUGUUAAUGAGGAAUGCAAACAGCCUGGCGGACGCAACAGGUUGUGGAAUUAUGAAGAUAUUAGUUAUGUAUUGACAACAGAGACGGUAAGGACCAAAUUAAUCAAUGAAGCUUUUUUCAUUAUCGGAACCGAAAAUGUUGAGGCCAUAUCGUUUCGUCCGGGGAGAGGUAUUUUGAAGCUAAGUGCCACGGCCUUUACGAAGAUGUGCAAUCUUAGAUUCAUCCAAUUAUAUGCAAUGCCGAACAAAGUGCUCCUUCCUAAGAACUUCGAAUUUUGUGCGCAAGCACUAAGAUGUCUUUACUGGUAUUAUUAUCCUCUGGAAUCUUUGCCGUUAAAUUUUUGGCCAAAGAAUCUUGUAAAACUUCAAAUGCCUUUUAACAAUCUCAUACAACUGUGGAAUGGAGGAGAUAAGCCUCUUGGAAGUUUGAAAUUGAUGGACCUUAGCUACUCUUGUAACCUGAUCAGGAUUCCGGACUUGUCAAGUAUUGCCCCAAAUCUCGAGUUUUUAUAUUUAAAUGGCUGUAAGAGUUUGGUUGAAAUUCCCUCUCUUCAAAAUCUAAGUAAUCUUGUAGAACUUCGUAUGCGUGGGAGCAAACUCCUACAACUGUGGAAUGGAGGAGAUAAGAGCUUGGUUGAAACUCCCUCUCUUCAAAAUCUGAGCAAGCUUACUGAACUUUAUUUAAAUGGAUCCAAUAAAAUCAAAGAUUGUCCAGAGAUUCCGUGUAAUAUAAGGAUUCUAAAAUUAGACGGAACUGGAAUAGAACAACUGCCUUCAUCAAUUAAGCAUCUGUCUCAACUUGUCAUAUUGUCCUUGGAUCGGUGUACAGCACUCGAGAGUCUUCCAAGCAGCAUUGGCAAUUUGAAACGUCUUGAAGAACUUCAUCUAUCUGAAUGUUCAAGACUCGUGACUAUUCCAAGCAGCAUAGGCGAGUUGAAAUGUCUUGAAUAUUUAUCUCUCUGGAUGUGCUCAAAUUUAGCAAGUCUUCCAGAAAGCAUCAAACAACUUUCGAAGUUGAAAAAGCUUGAUUUAAGCGAUUGCGAGAGUCUUAAGAGUUUACCAGAGCUUCCGUCAUGCUUAGAAUUAUUAAAUGCAAAUGCAUGCCGCUCUCUGGAAUCUGCAUCAAUUUCUUUCAAUUUCUUAGAACAUGAUGAUGAAAAUGAAGAAGCAGAUAGAAGUGAACAUGAAAAUGAAGAAGCAGAUAAAAGUGAAUCUGAAGAUUGCAAAUUUCUUGAUUUUAGUAAUUGCGUCAAAUUGAAUAAGAAAGUAAUGGAGGAUGUUUUUGAAGCGCACCUGUUGGGUCAGAAAGUUACAUUAUUGAUGGCAGGAGGUGAAGUGCCAGAAAGGAUGAGGUAUAAGAAUAAAGGAACCUCACUUUCCUUCAAACUUGACCUUCGUCACUUAAUUGCCUUCUCUUUCUGCGUUGUUCUUCGUCCCAGAGGUGGUUUUUAUUUUCCUAGAUUUGAAGUGGAUUUCAUAUGUGAAUCUGGAAAUAGGCGGGAACGUAAUGCGUUCAACUUAUUUAGCGAUAAGGACGUUGCGAAUUGGAAUGGUUAUUAUGGAGGUCCGUAUCUUUCGGACUUAUCACACGUGUUGCUUUCAUUCAAUGGAUUGAGGACACGUUUUGAUGAAGAGUGUUUCGUUAAGGCCUCAUUUUACUGCAUCCCUUACUGUCGCGUGGAUGAGGAGAAAUUUAUUGAGUCUCUAUCAUCUGCCGCUCUAUUGUCAUUUGAGAGAGGGAAGACUAUACAGGAGAAUAAUUAA